CUCAGUUACAACGGCUCCAAAGUGCCAAGGGUCAUGUUAACAGCCGGCGGUCGAGCAUUCAUUCCUGCGCUCAGCUGAGAGACAAAUGGAGGGAUGCAAAAAUUUCACUCUUUGCUCACCAUGACAGAGCUUCUCUAUGCUGAAUCCGUUUGUGUCAGAGAUCCAAGCUUCGAUCAAGCGCGGGUUAAUUGCGAGAGAGCGGCUGGAAGAUCCCCCCCUCCUCAUCCACGCUGCCAAUCCGACCGUGCCUCUGAUUUUCCACUCAUUCUGCCUCUCUGGUCUCUGUUUACCUCUGUCUGCUGAUUUCUCCACCCCUUUCUCUCAGUCUCUCAUGCUUUCGUGCUCCCUCCCACAGCUCGCUAUCUCUCCUCCCCUCGUGCCUUCAAAGCCAGCAGUCUGCUCAUUACUACAGGGCUGCUUGCUACAUGAUCUCUUGGAAAACAGCGUCCGUGUCUUGCUCGAGCCGCUCCAUGUGCAAGCCUUAAGAUUUCUUGCCCAGGACAGCAGGAUGCUCCUGCGCUGGCACUGAUUCCUCUAUUUCUCUUCUCGAUUUCCCCUUCCCCUCCCCUUUCCUAAUCUCCUGCCCUCUGACCCUGAUCCCUUUCACCCCAGAACCCUAUUCCCUCUAUUUUCCCCUUCUUUCUUGACCAUGUUGCCAUGUGUCUACCGGCUCCAGCCUGUCCUUGCCUUGCUCUCCUUCACUUUGUUGACUCAAGGGGAAAAUUGUCCAGCCACCUGCCUUUGCCCAGACCCUCACACUGUGGACUGUAGCGGCCGCGGACUUACCCGUCUUCCAGACGAGAUCCCCUUGGACGUUCGGAGGCUGCUGUUGGCGGACAACUGGAUCCCACGGAUUCCUUCGGACUUCCUCGUGCUCUACAGCGACCUGGUCUACCUGGACCUCCGCAACAACUCGCUCUCACACAUUGAGCCAGGUACCCUUAGCACUUCCUCCAGGCUGGUUUUCCUGGACCUUGCCUGCAACAACCUGACAGAGAUCCCCAAAGGGACUUUUGGAGAGUCGAGGAGCCUAAUUAAGUUGCGCUUGAGCAACAACCCGUACCUGAGCAUGGUCAAUGAAGAUGCUUUCACGGGUCUUACCUCCUUGCGUGAACUAGAACUAGAACGCAAUGCACUGUCCGGGCUACAGGUGAGUGCCCUGAGCCAGCUGCCCUCCCUCCGGGUAGUUAGGUUAGAGGGCAACCCUUGGGUGUGCAACUGCAACUUUGCCAACCUAUUUACCUGGCUGGUGGAAAACAGUCACAAGCUUCCCAAUGGUAUAGAGGGUAUGGAGUGCUCUUUGCCCACCGAUGGACGCCGUGUGCCUCUUAGCCAGCUCUCCCAGGACAGUUUUCGGGAGUGCCAGAUCACCCUCACCCUCACCGAUUUCCUCAUCAUCAUCUUCUCGGGCAUCUCCGUCUCGGUGGCCGCCAUCAUGGCCAGCUUCUUCCUGGCAUCCACCGUCCACUGUUUUCAGCGCUGGAGCAAGGGCACUAAAGGAGACGAGGAGGAGAGUGAAGAAUGAGGAGGGAAGAUGGAGCCGAAUACGACCUUCAAUAUGAUUCAGAGCUGCCAGUUCUUGACAGAGUUCAAACAAACAGCAUAACUGGACAGACCCCAGGUAGAACUUAGCCUGAUUGAUAGUGGCAGCGCUAAUAAAGUAACUAGCACGGAUGCAGUACCCUCAGAAUCAAAGGAUAUUUGGUAUGAAAGUAAGCCUUAGUAUGCAAACUUCCAGGGAUUUAUUUGUUGAAGGAAAUUCUUUCUCGCAGUAGAGUUCUCAGUGUUGUUGAAUACUGUUGUCUGUAGAGUUUCCCUUCAUGUAGUCAAUAUAAAGUUAGCAAAAUACAACUGUGCUACUUGUUGAUUGUGCCAAAUUAGCACUGGUAGGCAGCAAUGGUUCAGACAAGCAUUGAUGAUGAGGAAUAAUAGCUAUUCAAAGUCAUGCAAGGUAAGUCAGAAGUCAAACGGUCCAGCUUUAUACAGCCAAGUAUAUGUGAUGGAAGCCAUUUUCCUUCAAUUUUGAAAUGAUGGGGGAAAAAUAACAUGAGCUUAGAGAGAUUCUAGAAAGCAUUACCUGAAAUUGAAAGUUUAGAAUAGAGCUUAACGUGAAUAGAUGUGUCAAAUGCCGCACUUUAAAAUGGUUCUGUCUAAGUUACACUUGCCCUCGAACCACCAGGUUUACUGGUUUCGCCCAGAUCUGCCAAAGAACGCUUUGACUGAGGGACUGAGGUUAAUGUGUUUUGAAAUAUAGAUUUAUUUUUCUUUAAAGAAAGUCUGUGAUCUUAGCAAGAUUACAUUUAUUUAGUGUAAUUAUGGUACUACUCACAUAUUUACCCUUAAUGUGACUAAAGACAAUAUCUAUGGGAUAAAGAUAAGUACAUACUACAAAUGUCAUUGUAUUAUUCAUGUCUUAAAGGUAUAAUUGAAAAAGGCAAACGGUAUUUGGGCAUUUAAGUCAAACUUGUAUAUUGUCAUUGCAGUACAUAACAAAAGAUUAAACUAAGCAAAGUUUUAAAUAAAAAAACAAUGAUUCAUUUAAUAAAUGCCUUAUGUGACGUACUUGUAUAUUAAUGAAGGAUUAAACAAUAUUUAUACAGAAUAAAAAAAACUGCUUUGAGACUAAAUUGAAAAAGCAAUUGCAAAAAAUUGAAUUUGUAAGUGUGACUUAAGUGUCCAAAUAUGUUUUGAGGCCACUGUACAUUCAUGUGUCUUCAGAUUGCUGUCUAGUGUCGACUAAUAAUAAUAAUACAGUGUAUAACUAAAUGGCAUACAUUUCUGUUCAUGAUGUCGAUUCCAUCAAUACCGUCUUUUCCAAGAAAAUUAUUUUUUGUCAGUAGAUCAUGUGGGGAAACGAUUUUCGAAUGUCAGAAAAAGACAUUUGAUUGUUUUUGUUUUCCUUUAUUAAUACUUCUGCAUCUUGCUUCUUUCAUAUUCUUAUUUGAAAGGGCUUCAUGUGUCUUAAAAGUGUGUUUAUUAGUGUCUUUUGCACAAUUAAUCACAUUCAUUAAUAUCCCAAUAUCAUUUACCAUCCUCUGUUCCAUUUUUGCGGUCCAUUAGCAGAUGUUCUGGAUGUGCUAUUUUGAGAAUAUAUAGCUUUUUCCCAGACAGGUAUCACAACUUCAUUUUUGCAGUGCAUGAAUAAUGAAUUGGAUAUGUGAAAUGAGGCAGACAGUGUGCUAGUCUUCAAAAAAGUUGGGGAUGGAAAAAGAAAUCAUUGUGAUUCAAUAGUCGUCUUAUUUUAAAUGAAUUCUAUUCCAGUCACACAACCUCAACCAUCAUAUUGUGUUGGAUGUAAGCAGCACGAAUGCAUAUUAAUGUAGUGUAAAUGUUCCAGUGUCAGGACACGGUUGACCAUAUGCACAAUCUUUCAAAGCUAGACUGUAGCAUGGUAUCAUCAGCAGAAAUCAAUCCUGCAGCUAUAAUAUUUGUCAUAUUGAAUGAUUUUUUCCCCACAUGUAUACCCAAAUAUUUAUAGCUGUAUGUAUUUGCAAGUGAAAUGAGGUAUUAUCAUUAAAAAUUCAGUUUAUAAACGAAUGUUAUAGACACUUCAUAUGCUAUGACAAUGGAGUUGUAAGUUUGUAGGCAGAUUUCGGCAUGGUUUCCCACUGGAAUUUCGAACGAGUUUUUAAAUAGCAGGUUCUGCCUAAUGAAUAAAAUCAGAAAUAAAAAACAAUAAAAUAAGAGUAAAACAAAAUAUGCUUUGUUCUGCAACAUAAAUUAUACACAGUCAAAUCUGAAAUGUGAAAUUUGAAAAAGAAAAUGUUUAAAAAGCAUAAGAUGCUAUAAUAGACAUUCAGUUGUUAGGUUAAGCAUCUUGUUUUAAAUCAUUAAAGCAGCCAUAUUAUGCCAUUUUAUGAAGUCUUGAAUUUGUAUUUGGGGUCUACUAGAAUAGGUUGUAUUCAUGCUUGAAUGUCCAAAAAACACCUUAUUUUUCACAUAUUUUACAUUUUUGCAGUAGCUCUCUUCCCAUUUGGUCAGUAACGCUCUGUUUAGUUCCUGUCUCAAUGAAGCCCCUCCUUCCAGAUGCCCAAUGUGCUCUGAUUGGUUGGUUGGACCAAUGUGUUGUGAUUGGUCAAGCAUUUCAACUGUGUUUUGAAACCCAGACAGCAACAUAGUGUGGUCCAGAUCCGGCCCACAUCUGGUACAUGUGGAUUACACACGGACCAGAUGUGGGCUGGAUCUGGCCCGACACUAUGUUGCUGUCAGGGAAAUGUCAUGCCAACCAUAACCGUGAGUUUCAAAAAAAGUCCCUUUAAGACAAGUCAUUUCACUCGGUGGCCAUGUUUGAAACGCCUCUCUGGCAUGCAAGUGCAGCUCCUAUCUCUUUGAAUGGGGAAACAUCAAAUUCUCCAAAGCUGUUCGUCAAGCUUUCGAUUAAAUUUCAUAAUUGAAAUCACCAAUGAAAUCUGACAACAACUGUCUCAUAAAUUUUGUUUCUAAACGCUCGAAUCAUGACAAAAAACACAAUUUUUUUAAUAGGCUGCAUCAAGCUAAAGCGUGUACACAGUCCUAAGUGCUCAUCUCUGUAGAAAGCUUGCAUCUGCCUUUGCUUCUAACAACUGCUGCAGUAACGCGAUGACUUUAGCAAUCGGCGAUUGGCUCUUAUUUAGAAGGCGGGACUUACAGUAUUCUGUCAUAUUGCGUGUUGCACUUUCUCCCAUUCAUAAUAAUACAAGUGCAUCGUCUUCCUAUAUAUAAAGUCUUUGGUUUCAACACAAUACCAACGCUAACUACUCAACCAGGCCUUGCCCACCCCCCAGCCUGGAAUUAUUUAAAUAAGGAAUAUUGUGACGUUUAAAUUCUCAGAAGAAAGACUACAAACAAGGCGUUUCAGGGAGUUCAGAAACAGUGCUUACUGAUAUAGAGAAUAACUCCCUUUGGAGUGAAAUUUGUGCUUUGUAACUUUGCAGAUCUUUUUCAUUCUCAAACAGCAACAUUAAAGUC